UUUGGUGCCGAAACCCGGGAGGGGUGUUUGGCUGCGCCGGCCCGUUCCGGGGCCCUGGCUGCGCCACCCCUUCUGUGAACUGUCACAUUCCGGACUGGGACCUCCGCUGAGUGCCUUCGAGUCCCUAAUUUACUACCUCGGCCUGGGUGAGUCACCCCGUCUUGUCCCAGCCUAGAUUCCCCACUAGGAGCCUGUGUUCCCUCUGGGAUACUGUUCCCUGUCCGUUAAAGUGUGGGCCUAUGUCAGAGGCUCUCCUGUUCCAGGGGCUGAGGCUAUUUGGGGACGCCUGAAUUCCUCCCACCCCUUUCCGUACCGGCAUACUAGUCUCGGCGGAGAUGUGCGCCCAGACUUUUGCUGCCCUCCAUAGUCAGGUUACUGUUCUUGACUGUUUCCCCAUUCAGGUUGGGAUGACAUGGGUAGCCAGUCUUCCAGAAUUCCCCGCGAGACACCCCUAGGCUGUCUGCUGGGCAAUCUGAAGGCCCUGGAUUUAGACAUCCGGCCCAAGCGCCUCAUUCUUUACUGCAACACUGCCUGGCCAAUGUAUAAAUUGGACAAUGGCUCCCAAUGGCCUGAGAAUGGGACUUUCAAUUUCAGUAUUCUACAAGACCUUGAUAAUUUUUGUCACAGGAACGGCAAAUGGUCAGAGAUCCCAUAUGUCCAAGCCUUUUUCUGUUUGCGCUCCCGUCCUUCUCUCUGUCUGACCUGCCGCCCCACACAGGUCCUCUUUGCGAGGGGUCCCCCGCUGCCCUCUGUCUUUUCUCUCUCUAAUUCUCCACCAGGCGUCUCCUCAGAUGCCCCUUCAGUUUUCUCUGAUCCACCUGACUCUCUCAGCUCUCCCCCAACUCGACCUCCACCAUACCCAGAUGCAUCCCGUCACCCUUCUGCGCCACCCAGCCACUGGCCGCCGACGUCCCCCGUCACCCAUCACACUCCCUCUCACACAAACCCCUCGGACCAGUCCCUCCUCUGUCCAUUAUGGGAGGUGGCGGGUGCCGAGGGGGUCGUAUGGGUACACGUUUCCUUCUCCCUUUCUGACCUUUCCCAGAUUGAAAAACACCUGGGUUCAUUUUCUAAUGACCCUACAGCCUACACGAAAGAGUUCCACUAUUUGACACAGGCAUAUGACCUUACCUGGCAUGAUAUUUUUGUUAUACUAUCCUCUACCCUUACUACUGAUGAAAAGGAGCGUUUCUGGGUGGCGGCUCAGGGACACACUGACCAGGUCCAUCUUACAGACCGAUCCAUGCCGGUGGUGGGGGGCUAAAGCCGUUCUCCAUGAGGAGCCACA